UUUACUUCAUCUGUCUCAUAUUACCACUGAUAUAUAUACAUAUAUAUACUUACUGAAUUAGCGGGAAAAAAUUAUCGGAAAAUAUUUACAUCAUGACGUCAUACAUCAAACUGUUUUAUCAGCACGCAGAAUCGAAGGAACGCGUGAUUUUUAAAAAUAAACUGACAGCGCCAGUUUUUAAAUUUUGCGCGCGGGCGCUUUAGUAACUUUGAGUUAUUUAAAAUUUUGUUGGAACAAACCAAGGAUCCAACUCAUUUCCUCCAUCCUCUAGAAGUACCAGGACGUUCUGAAUUGAUCUCCAAUCAAUAAUUAAAAUCAUCAAGAAUAAAUUGAUCAUGUCGCAAAUUAAUUGGCUCCGCUGUAAUAAAUGCCGGCUACUAAUGAGCUCGGCAAUAAGAAAUUUUUUUAUUUCACAAUGUGGUCAUAUUUUUUGUCAUGAAUGUGCCACGGCAGGAGGUACCGUUUGUCAGCAAUGUCAGGCACCAGACAUUCGAUUGUUGGAGUUGAAGGAACCACUUCCUCCAGUAAUUGCUGAUUUGCAUACACCGUGCAUCGAAUUCAUGGAGCAAAUGGUGAUGACUGCCAAGUUCCAGUUGGGCCAGAUCGCAGCAGUCAACAAAUUCGUCCAAAAUACGGAUGAUAAGUAUUCGUCACUAAAACGUCUGUACUGGGAGCAACGUAAAACAUUUAUGAAAUUACAACAGGUUCGAGAGAAAAUGAAAACUGCUUGCGAUGAAUGGAAAGCAGUCAGACCCAAUUACCAGCACAUUCUCAAUGCCGCUGGUUCAAAUCGCAGACAUGGUCCACCUGCAAAUUUCUUUGGUCAGGAUGCUAAUGUUGUAAAUAAUUUCAAUCGUAAUCAACGAGCUCAGCGUUCUAACUAUCAAUUUACCAGACAAGUUGCGUUCGUUAGUCCAAACAAUCCUUACAAUUCAGACAAUUCAAAUUCAUCUUAUGUAUCAAAUAAUUUGAGCUCAAACAUGACUCCUCUUAGUGUUCAUCGUAUGAUCAACAACAGGAGAGUUCCAAGAUCAGCCGGUAGUUCAUCAACUGCUGCUACCAGUAACAGCUCAUCUUUAAAUAUCAAUAUGUUUUAAUAAAAAGUAAAACUGAUCUCUUUCAUUAAUUAAUAAUAAUUAAGUAAAUAAUUACAGUCAACAUUAAAAUAAAUACGGGUUUAUUUUUGAACAUAUAAUACUAAUACAAAUAAUUAUAAAAAAGUACGAAAUCGGUGACGAGUUAUAAUAAUGAUACUGAAGUUAGCAGACGUCUAAUAAUUUUUUGAUUUUUUUUUAGACGAUAAACCAGAAGAAAAAAAAUUUUUUUAAAAAUUGCACCUGUAGUUUUUUAAAUUUUCUACAUGUGCAUAUUUUUAUUUUUUUUUUUUCUUCAAAUUUAAUUGUUCAAAAAAAAAUCCAAAAAUUUUGAAUUGUCUGCUAACUUCAGGAUCAUUUAUAAUAUUACAAGUUUAGAGCUAACUCUAGUCUUAAAUAAAUAUUAGUACGAAAAAACGUUUUUUAAUAGUACGGAAUAAUUUAUAGUAAUAAAUAUUAAAUAA